UGCAUUUACAUUUCAUUUUCACAAUUUUUUUCUUCAGUUUUCUCAGCAAGCAAACGGAGACCGCUCGGGUGCUUUUAUGUUCACUGUAGGGUUUUCGAAGCAAUGUCUAAGGGAAACGAUGAUGCAAUUGAUCCUCUCCCUAGAAAUUUGCCUGACUUUUUGUCUAAGGUGAGGACGAUGAAGCAGAGUGGACUCAGUGAACUUGAGAAGAUUUUGAAGGAGCAUGAAGAGUUAACAAUGGAAUUAGAAGCUCAUGCCAAAUUGAUUGAGCAACGUGAAAAUGAAUUGGAAAAAAGGGAGGCCCAAAAUGAAAAUAUGAAAAUGCUUCUCAAGUAUCAGGAGGAAAUGAAUAAGAAAGCAAUCUUGGAGGAAAAGAAAAAGUUGGCAGAAGAACAAAAGACAAAAGAAGAAAAGUUUCAUAGAAGGAUUGGUGAACUACAGAAGAAACUUGAUGCCAAACAAGAAUUAGAGUUGGAGGUAGAGCGUAUGAGAGGGGCAGUUGAAGUAAUUAUGAGAAAAAUGAGUGACGAUGGGGAUUUGGAGGAGCUCAAGGACAAGAUGGAUGAAAUUAAAAAACAACUCAACGAAAAGGAACAAUAUAUUGAAGAUCAGGAUUCCCUGCUUGAAGCUCUUAUUAUCAAGGAACACAAAUGUAAUGAUGAGUUGCGAGAAGUUCGUAAAGAGUUGAUUUAUGGUUUGAUGAACCGCCGUGGUGGUGUAAUUGGUGUCAAGAAAAUGGGAGAGCUUGACAAUAAGCCAUUCCAAACAGCAGCCAAGAGAAAGUAUGCAGUUCGUGAAGCAGAGUUGAAAGCGAUAGAGUUGUGCUCCUUGUGGGAGGGUUACCUUAGGGAUCCAAAUUGGCAUCCUUUCAAGGUCAUCCCGGUGGAAGGAGAUCAUAAGGAAAUAAUAGACAAGGAGGACGAUAAAUUGAGAAGUCUGAAGGAUGAGUUUGGCAAUGAAGUCUAUGAGGCUGUGAUUACAGCCUUGAAGGAGAUGAACCAGUACAACCCUAGUGGCCGAUACCCAGUCUUAGAACUGUGGAAUUUCAGGGAAAAAAGAAUAGCAACAUUAAAAGAGGGAGUAUCUUGGAUGCUAAAAUUGGAUAGACGGAGGAGAAACUAAAAGUUCGUCGCAUGGUUUUGUAAAUUUUGCAUAGGACGGUUCUGGCAUGACAUUUAUAAGUUAAUAGCCCCCCUCUAGAUAUAAUAUGUUCCCCAUAUACUGCAUAUGUUAUGGAUUGAUAUUUUGUGAUUUUCAAAUGUGUAUUUUUGUAACUUUUUGCACUUGGACUCGUUGAAUGAACCUAAUUUAGUUGUUUUUCUAAA